GCUCAUCUCAGCUCUGGCAAAUUCGCCUUCGGGAGCUGUCGGCCCUAACGCCUCUCUGAAACUUUUCCACUCAGCUCUUUGGGUUUGGAAAGGCCCUUUGCCCCCCCCUACCUCCCUCCCAAGAUGGGGAUCUCCAUACGGAACAGCUCUCCCUCUUCCCUGCGGUGGGGACAGCGAUGCUAGAAGUUGGGUCUGGAUGCAGUGGGUGUGUUUGCAGGCCGGCGGCCAUGAAGCACUGUUUUUACAACGAGUCGGUGGGUUUCUUCUACAACAACAGCCGGAAGGAGCUCACCACCUACUGGAGGACCAAAGAUGUCCUGGUGGUGGCCCUGGGUCUCACCGUCAGCCUCAUCGUCCUCCUCACCAACCUCCUGGUCAUCGCCGCCAUCAUCAUCAACCGUCGCUUCCAUUACCCCAUCUAUUACCUCCUGGGCAACUUGGCAGCCGCCGACCUCUUUGCUGGCAUUGCUUACAUGUUCCUCAUGUUCCACACGGGGCCGAGGACGGCCGAGCUCUCCCUGAAGACCUGGUUUAUCCGGCAGAGCCUCCUGGACACCAGUCUGACCGCUUCGGUGGUCAACCUCUUGGCCAUCGCGGUGGAGAGGCACCAGACGGUGCUGACCAUGCAGCUGCACAGCAAGAUGUCCAACCAACGCGUCAUGAUCCUGAUCUUCUGCAUCUGGGCCACGGCUCUGCUGCUGGGGUUGAUCCCAUCCUACGGUUGGCACUGCCUUUGUGCCCUGGAGGAGUGCUCCAGCAUGGCCCCGCUCUACAGCCGCAGCUACCUGACCUUCUGGGCCAUCUCCAACCUCCUCGUCUUCCUCCUCAUGGCGGUGGUCUACGCCCACAUCUUCAUCUACGUCAAGAGGAAGAUGGGGAGGAUGUCGGCGCACACCUCCUUCCACCCACGCUACAGGGAGACCGUGGUCGGCCUCGUCAAGACGGUCACCAUCAUCCUCGGUGCCUUCUUGAUCUGUUGGACCCCCGGGCAGGUGGUGCUGCUGUUGGACGGGUUGGGUUGUAAGAGUUGCAACGUUUUGGCCGUGGAGAAAUACGUCCUCCUGUUGGCUGAGAUCAACUCAUUGAUCAACGCCAUCGUUUACUCCUAUCGGGACAACGAGAUGAGGAGCACCUUCCGGAGGAUCCUCUGCUCCAUCUGCUAUCGGAACCCCAAAUACACCCCCACGGCUGUGAAACCCAACGGGGCUGACCGUGGGUCUCUGUCACUGAACGGGCACUUCACGGUGGAUUCCUCCAUUUGAGACGUUGGCUGUGCUCGUUUUCUGACCCUGGGAACGGAGGGGAAUCCCUCCAAGUGGGAGACAUUGCACUGUGGGGUGAGGAUCCCCAUAAACACCCCCUCAAAGGAUGCUUUUAUAAGGGACCACCACGCGGUUUGUUCAUUAGCGUGCUUAAUUAAAGGCUGUUUCUAAAGCUGUGUUGAUUUCUAUGGGUGAGCUGCAGCUCUCUGUAUUAUUUUGUGUGUGUGUGUGGGGGGGGGGGUUCUGCAGUACCUUCAGAAUCAGCUCUUCCAAUGGUUGUGUGCCCCCCAAAACCCCAAAUCUUCACUUCAACCCAUUGCAGAGUGAUUCCCAAAGUGACCCAAAUUGUGUUCCAUCCUCUCCGGGAGAAGAAUGGAUUUUUCUCAAUGUCUCUUUGGGGAGGAACGUUCUGGAAUCCCACCUGGAGCAGUGGAUUCCCCCUCUCUGAGUGUCUGUUCUGGAAUUUGAGAGCACUGUGGGGUUUUUUGGGGGGGCACUUUGCUCCUAAAAUGACAGCGGUGCUGUCGUGUUUGUGUUCUGCUCAGUGAUGCCACGAGCCAUUCACAAAUCCAGGGCCAACUCAUAAAUGUGUGAUGAGUUUUCAGCAAUGCCAUGAGCCAUUCAUAACUUCAGUGCCCAUUCAUAAAUGUGGGAUAUGUUCUUCUCGAUGUUGAGGAGAUCAUGAUUGCAGGCAGAUGCUGUUGGCAAUCCAAUAUUCAGGACCAAGGA